UCAAGCCCCGUACUCAUCAACUCGCUGACAAAAUAACCGGGACGUGGUAGUGGGGACAUUGUUCCACAAUUACUGCAUGAAACGGGGAGGCGGGGGACUGGUUUCGACGUGAUUAAUGAUUGGUAUAUUUACAAUACCAAAGGCAGAAAGUAGGCUACUGUCUUGAAAUUGCUGGUUACAGUUCAGAAACAACGAUAUUUUAAUCAAUAUUUUUAAGCGCUGGAAGGAAAAUAUAGGGAAUAUUAUGGAACCAGUACGUUGGUGGCGGCCAUAGAGGAAAAACAGGCCGUGGCGCCCCCCCCUCCUUGCCCCCCCCAUCUCCAGGCCGUGGCGCCCCCUGUUAGGGUACAGCAUGUCGGCGCAGACCCAGAAGGAGUGGAGCUGCCUAGAGGCCCUGGGUCUGUCCCAGAAGGAGCUGGUACUGGCCGAGGCCCUGCAAAUGGAAUAUGAUGCCCUUUCUCGCCUCAAACAGGACAAGGGGGUCCCCCCGGGUGACAGUGGGAAAGCCCCCACACUUCCUAAAGAAUGCCCCCCCCCCUGCCGCCCCAUCCCCAGCCCCCCCGGAGGAAGCAGCCUGUUGAGGGGCCUCUCAAGCUCGGACCCCUCCCUCAACCACCUCCAGCCUGGGGGAGCACAGACGCCCCGGCCUUCCCCAGCCAGGGCUAGCACUUCCCGGGGGAGCUACAGCAAGGAUCCCCUUUACAUCCUGGAGACUCCGGGGAAAGAGGACUACUACUUUGGUUCUAGCUACGGGGACUCCAUGGGCUCAGGCUCUGCUCUGAGUCUUUCCAAAGGGUUACCCCUCCCUCCGGAUGACCCCCCUCCAGCCAUCCCCCCCAGGAACCCCCUCCCCCCAUCAUCAUCCUCAGAUAACCCCUUCCUGCCCCCCAGGAGCUCUGCCCAUGUGCCCCGCGAUGUCAACCUGUUCACCCCAGAGGAGGAGCUGCCCAAGCUAACCACAAGGGAAUCGCUGAACUACGACAACCUGAACGACGCCCUCUCCAGACUCAACGGGGACUGGCUGGCGCCCAGGGGGAGGCGAGUCAAUGGGGACCAAUCAGGGAAACCUGUGGCGCGCAGUAAGACCCUCCCCCCCCAGGUCCCUCCCAGGACGUACACGCCCCUUCAGAAGAGCAACAAAAACCAGCGCAGGGUGUCAGCUGACCCGGUGUCUCUGGGCUCCAGGGUGAACGGUUUUGGCUACGAGCUGUUCCAGGUGUCCGAGGAAAAGGACGAGGAGGUGGCCACCUUCUGUCACAUGCUGGACGUGUUGCGGUCAGCGUACCCCUGCAACGAGCGCUCCAAGAACGCGGGGCUGGUGUGGUCAGCGUGUGUGGGCCCGGACCAGCUACAGCAUGGUCUGGGGAUCAGCAUCAAGGUCACAGUCAUCAGUGACCACUUCACAGAACCUCUUACCUUCACCUGCGAUGGCUCGUCCACCACAGACCUGCUUAUCUACCAGACUCUGUGCUACACUCAGGAUGACCUGGACCACAUCGACAUGGACGAUUAUCUGCUCAAGAUAUGUGGGCAGGCCGAGUUCCUCAACAAUGAUCAGCCUCUAGCAACUCUUGAGUACAUCCAGCAGUGUCUGAAGUUUGACUGGGACAUUCGUCUCUUCCUCACCAAGAGAAGCACUGUCAACACAGAGCUAGCCCGCGUGGAGGAAGAUGAUGGGACCGCCUCCACUAUGAACCACAACAUCAUGCUCCAGGAACGACCAAUCAAACAGACUGUCACCAGGGAAGCUUUGACUCUGCUCCUGGAUACCUUCCACAAUGAGGCAGAAUCCUUUCUGCUUUCUGAGGGUGAGCUUCCUCUGCACGUGGAGCGCCUCGUCCAAUCAGUGAAGGCGCUCUGCAGCUCUCUGGCGGCUGUGGAAACGCCAGACAUCACAGCCGCCCUCAACCAUCUGCCAGCAUGUCCAUGUCGCCUGCAUCCCAGAGUUCUGAAAGAUGUGUCUGUGCUGGCCAGGAGAGAGAACAGAGACUCUGUGGUGGAGAAGCUGACGGCGGCCAUCUUGGAUCUGGUGGAUCUGUACUGCAGCACGUUCAACGCAAACUUCCACCCGGCGCCACAGGGCACACGCCUAGCCACACCCAGCCAGGAGGCUGGCCUGGUCACCAACGUCCUCUCCUUCAGCGUCUAUGCAGCGCACCGUGUCCCCAUCACCUGGGCUGCCAGCUAUGAAGGCUUCUUCCUGUCGUGCUCCCUGACCCACGGAGGGGUGGAGCUCUGCGCCCCUCAGCACACCAGCAAGCAGGCUGUCAGCAAGCAUCUCUUCCACCUGGUGGUGUGGGACCAGAGGAUAUGCUUCCCAGUUCAGAUCAACCAGUUGCCUCGGGAGACUCAGCUGACUGUGACCCUGUAUGCCAGUGCGCUGCCACCACCUGGAGGGGCAGAGGAAAAGGGCAAGCAGCGCCGCAGCAUCGAGGCCCUGGGCUGGGUCACCAUGCCCCUUUUCAACUUCAGACACAUCUUGACUUGUGGCAGGAGGUUACUGGGCCUGUGGCCGUCCACGCCAGGAAGUGGGAACGCCCGCUCCAGCUCGCCCAACUUCAGCCAGCCGGACAGCAUCAUCCUGCAAGUGGAUUUUCCCACCUCAGCCUUCGAGGUGCGCUUCAGCACCCCUCCACCCGCUGACUUCUGUCCCCAGUAUGAGUUCUCUCGUCUGGACACCAUCAGCCAGAUCCAGCUGCAGAACGUGCUUCACAAGAAGUCCCUCUUCUGGUUGACCCUGGAGGACCGGCGCCUGCUGUGGGAGAAGAGAGCGUUCUGCCAGGCCCAGAGUGGAGCCCUGCCCCUGGUGCUGGCCAGCGCCCCCUGCUGGGAGUGGGCCUGCCUGUCCGACAUAUACGCUCUGCUGCGCCAGUGGGCCUGCCUCAACCAUCUGGAUGCCCUCGGACUGCUGCACGCCUCGUUUCCAGACCAGGAGUUGCGGCGGACAGCUGUCCAGUGGAUGGACUCCAUCUCAGACUCAGAACUUCUCGACUUCCUGCCUCAGCUGGUGCAGGCUUUAAAGUAUGAGUGUUACCUGGACAGCCCCCUGGUUCGUUUCCUGCUCCGUAGAGCCAUAGGAGACAUCCGCAUAGCUCACUACUUCUUCUGGUUACUGAAGGAUGCCCUUCAGGACAGCCAGUUCAGUGGGCGUUACCAGCACCUGCUGGCGGCACUGCUGUGCUGCGUGGGCCGUGGUCUGAGGGAUGAGUUUGACCGCCAGAGCUGGCUGGUGUCCAUCCUGGCCACGCUGGCACAGUGCGUCCGUGAUGCCUCACCGUCCAGCCGACAGGCCAUCCUGCGAGAGGGCCUGGAGGAGGUGAAACACUUCUUCUCUGUCAGCAGCAGCUGUCGUCUGCCCCUCAACCCAGCUUUGCUGGUCAAAGCCAUCAACAUCCAGUCAUGCUCCUACUUCAACUCCAACGCUGUGCCCCUGAAACUGUCCUUCCAGACUCUAGACCCCAGAGGAGACAAUGUCAAUGUCAUCUUCAAGUCGGGGGACGACCUACGGCAGGACAUGCUGACACUGCAGAUCAUUCGUGUGAUGAACAAGAUCUGGAUCCAGGAAGGACUGGACAUGAGGAUGGUCAUCUUCAGAUGCUUCUCUACUGGGAGGGGGAGAGGCAUGGUGGAGAUGAUCCCCCAGGCGGAUACCCUGAGGAAGAUCCAGGGAGAGCAUGGGGUGACGGGCUCCUUUAAGGACCGCCCCCUGGCGGACUGGCUGCAGAAACACAACCCCACCGAGGAUGAGUAUGAGAAGGCGGUAGAGAACUUCAUCUACUCGUGUGCAGGCUGCUGCGUGGCCACAUACAUCCUGGGGAUCUGCGAUCGCCACAAUGACAACAUCAUGCUCAGGACCAGCGGACACAUGUUCCACAUUGACUUCGGCAAGUUCCUGGGCCACGCUCAGAUGUUCGGCAACAUCAAACGGGACCGGGCUCCGUUUGUGUUCACCUCUGACAUGGCGUACGUGAUCAAUGGAGGAGACAAGCCAUCCAGCCGCUUCCAUGACUUUGUAGACCUCUGCUGUGAGGCCUACAACCUGAUACGCAAACACACACACCUGUUCCUCAAUCUGCUGGGCCUGAUGUUGUCAUGUGGGAUCCCGGAGCUCUCAGACCUGGACGACCUGAAGUACGUAUACGACGCCCUGAGACCUCACGAGUCAGAGGCAGACGCCACCAUGUAUUUCACCAGACUGAUAGAGUCCAGUCUUGGAAGUGUGGCCACCAAGCUCAACUUCUUCAUCCACAACCUGGCCCAGAUGAAGUUCUCCUCGUCUGAGGAGCGGCCCGUGCUGUCCUUUGCGCCGCGUGUCCACACCCUGAAGAGUGACGGCGCCAUCCGCAACCUCUAUGUGUGUCGUCACGUCCGCACCUACACACCCAGCAAGGGCACGGCGUACGUGGUGAAGGUGGAGAGAGAGGACCAGCAGGUGGCAGUGUUGGUCCAGAGGAGCUUCGAGGAGUUCCACGAGCUACACAGCAAACUCCGCCUCCUCUUCCCCUCCUCCAAGCUCCCCAGCUUUCCCAGCCGCUUCGUGAUUGGCCGUGGACGGGGGGAGGCCAUGGCUGACCGGAGGAAAGAUGAGCUGAAUGGAUACGUCUGGCAUCUGGUACACACAAGCCCCGACGUCGCCCAGUGUGACCUCAUGUACACUUUCUUCCAUCCUUUGCCAAGGGAUGAGAGACCAGGGACAGUGGUGAACGCACUUCAUAGCAGACCUUCCGAGAUACUGUGGGCUCCGGUCUCAGGCAGGGUGGUGGGGGAGGUCAAACUUUCCAUCUCCUUCAAGAGUGACAAGCUCUUCAUCAUGGUGAUGCAUAUCCGAGGCCUGCAACCGUUGCAGGACGGGUCAGACCCAGACCCCUACGUGAAACUUUACCUCCUCCCCGACCCCCAGAAGACCAGCAAGAGGAAGACCAAGGCGGCGCGACGCACCUGCAACCCCACCUACAACGAGAUGCUGGUGUAUGAACGUAUUCCUCGGGGGGACCUGCAGCAGCGUGUGAUCCACCUGCGUGUUCUGGGUGACGGGGCGUUCUGGGAGAACACGCUGCUGGGCGAGACCUUCAUCCCCCUGAAGAGCCUGGCGCCUGGCCAGCACUGGGUGGACUGGCACGCGUUGGGCACGCCCGGCACCGAUGUCCCCCGCUGACAGUGUAUUUGGAUGUGUGAGACAGAAGGAGUGUGUUUGUGUCAGCAUGACAGUGUGUCAUGACAGUGUGUCACCCCCCAGUGGGGGUGUGGGUGUCCUGAAUAGAUGCCUAUGUGACUGUGUGACUGUGAGUGUCUUUAUGUGUGUGACUCGUCCCAAGCGAGGUGUGUUUGUGUAUAGACGACAGCUUCAAAGAUGAAGACGUUUAGUACUGGACACUGUAUUCCAUAGGGUUUCAACCUCUAGAAGUUUCAGAAGUAAAAAAUGUACCAAUCUGACCAGCACAAGAAAGUUAAAACGGUGAAGUAAAAAUGUGUAUGGAAACUGUGUUGCAAAGAGAUGCCUCGCUAGUUACCAUGACUAUGGGACCUUCCCCUACUUUGUGGGGGUGGGGGCCUUCCUAGGACCACACGAGCCUUCCGUCGACAAGUCUGAUGGAAAAUGUAUUUUUUUUAUAAAGAACAUUUAUAAUAAGUUAUUUC